CACGCAAACAAAUAAGAGUUAUCGAGAGACCGUAAUAGUACACAAGAAAGACUUUUUGGGACGGAGGGAAUAUAAUUUUGAAGUUAAAUUAAAACCUAUAUAUAGAUAGCGCGGCAUCGAUACAUUAAUUACAUGAUGAUGAUGAUGAUGAUGAAGGAUAGUAAUUAAUUAAUUAAUUAGUACUACGUACACAAAAUUACACCGAUUAUAAUAAUAAUACUCCGUAAUUAAAAUGAAGAAGAAGCAGUAGUGGUAGUGAUCUGAUGAUGAGGGGCCUGCAGGGAGGCUACGGCGGCGGGGGCGUGGCGGGAGAGGUGGUGGCCGGAGAUAUUAUUUGUAUAUCCUCCAUCGAUCAGAAAGGGCCGUAUCGGAGAUCGGUGAAUUUGGAUUUGAACCACUUGACGCUGCCUCGGAGAGUGGACUUGACCUUACCUUCGGUGGCCAGCAACUUGUACGACGCUAUCCUCUUCUUCCUCUUCGUCUCCGGAUUCCUAAUUAUAUACUCCAUCCACUCCCAACUACGGCUCCACCAUUGACUUCCUAGCUACUUUUUAAAUAAGAAAUAAAAUCAAAAGGUAUAUCAACAUGGAGUACCUUAUCUACACCAAGCCAAUACAAACACAGACAAACACAAAAUGUUUGUACUGCACAGACAUUUUGUGUCUGUGUGUGUCUAUGUUGGUUUGGUGUAUAUAUGAGGUAUUCCAUGUUGGUGUACCUCUAACAUUGUCCAAAAUCAAAUUGCCUCUUAAAACUUUUAAAGAUAAUUAAGAAAUUGUGUAUUACUUCCUCCGUCCCAAAUUAUAAUGCCUGUUUACUAUUCACAGGGUCAAACUUCAUUUACUUUCUUUCUCUAUUUUCGUUAGCAAUUUGAUAAAAUAAAAUAUUAUUGUCACU